CUCUCUGCUGAUGUUCGACCUCGUGUUCCUGUUUUUCCUGUUCCUCGUCGGGGUCUCCUGCCUCGUUUACUACCUGCCGGGUACUCGGGCGCAUGCUUUCGCACCGCACGAGAUCAUCACAGCGCGAACGUCGCCGCGCUAUGACGCACCGAUCGACAAUGUGUAAGAAUGCCGACAGAUGUGACCGGGGGCCCAGGACUCGCAGUAGUGGCAGGGGAUGUUCUUACCCUGCGAGGCACAGGACUUGCUGCUGCAGAAACGUGGGCUCUCCUCUGCCAAGCAGCCCAGGCCCUCCAGGAUCUUUUUCUUUCAAAUGGAGGUGUGGUGGGUGGUUCGAGAGCAGGACCAGUGGUGACUCCACAUACGCUGGAACUGACACUACGUGGUAGGGUUUUGCUGCAGCUCGCACCGCCGGAAACUGCUCGAGCGUACCUGCCACCAGAGUAUCGACCCGGCCGCAUAUAUUCAGACACGGAUUCGGAAAAAAUGUGGAUGUAUUCUUUAGGCAGGGCAUUAUUGGACACGACUCCCAGAGCAACGGCGUUAACGGGGACCGUUUCCGUUUCACCCUCUUCCGCUUUGCAAUCAGUGUUGGCUGCCAUGACGGAGCCUGACCCUCGUAGGCGUGCCUCCUUGAUGAAUUUACUCGACGUAAUAUCCGAAUAUUGUCGGACACGUCUACAAGCAAGGCCCUUCACUCACAUAGUGAUGGAGAUGUAUCGAGAGGUUGUGAGAUCGCCGCAAUACGCCGCGCGGAAACGAGCAAUGCAGCUGAAUGCCCUGUGUCCUACACGGAACAUGGUUGAACAAUUGAACCAACAUAAAAUCUACGGGCAUCAUCAUCAUCCGCAACAACAGCAGCAAGACUACGUCCAAGUUGUGAAUGGUCAACCGCAAUCUAUUCAACAUCAGACUCGUAUUGGGCAAUAUUUGUCGAAUCAAUUAGCUGUUCAGCAACGGCACCAACAACAACACGAUCAUAUUCAACGUCAGGCUAAUCAAUUUCGCUCGCUUCACCAGCAACAGGAUUAUGCACAGCAGCCACCAAAGGGUCAGCAGGAUCAUCGUAGUCAUCAUUACAAUCAUCAGCACGCGAAAGGGACGCAUUUCAGGACACAAUCGCGCAAUUCCCAGUCACAUCCCAAUUUGACGAGCUUGUGCGAUUCACAGCAACAGCAGCAGCAACAACAGCAACAACAACAACAGCAGCAGCAGCAGCAACAGCCAUAUCGGGAUACUGCCCUCAGCGGUUACAGAGCGCACUUUCAAUCGCAGCUGGAU